AGGAAUUUGGAAUAAUUGGAUUACAGGUCGCAGGGUCUUCGUUACGAUUAUCAGUACUUAUCAGAGAUAGUGCGAAUAUUGAUUAUCACUUACAUGAGUCGACGAUUCCUGUCCAGCAUUCAAAUUCUGUUAUAGUAGCAAAAUUUAUAGAAACUUUAUUGAUAGUCCGUAAUAUUUUGAUAGUUAAUAUGACAUUGUUACCACAUGGGUCCACACCAAAGUCGGAAAGACAAAAAGAAGCCAGUUCAACC